CUCACUCUCCACUACCAUCCUGCUCUCUCCCCCCCUCGUCUCUAAUGGAGCUUCUAAUCCUCUCAAUCUUCACUUUCUUUUUCCUCUCACGUGCUGAGUUGCCCGGCACAUGGGAUCUCCUAGUCCCUAACGCAGGCAUAUCCUCCAUGCACACAGCAGUUACCCGCUUCAACACUGUGGUCCUUCUAGACCGGACCAACACCGGCCCAUCUCGUAAAAUGCUACGAAAAGGCCACUGUCGUCUCGACCCCCACGACGCCGUUCUCAAGCGCGAUUGCUAUGCCCACUCCGUUCUCUUCGAUCUCCAAACCAAUCAAAUCCGUCCACUCAUGAUCCUCACUGACACCUGGUGCUCAUCAGGUCAGUUUCUCCAUGAUGGAACUCUCUUGCAAACAGGUGGUGAUCUGGACGGGUUCAAGAAGAUCCGAAAGUUCGACCCGUGUGACAUUAACGGUUCUUGCGAUUGGGUCGAGCUUGAUGACGUUGAAUUGAGCGAGGGGAGGUGGUAUGCUAGUAACCAGAUACUGCCCGACGGGUCGGUGAUUAUAAUUGGUGGUAGAGGAGCUAAUACUGUGGAGUACUAUCCGCCUCGAAACGGUGCUGUGCUGUUUCCAUUUCUUGCUGACGUGGAAGAUAAGCAGAUGGACAAUUUAUACCCUUACGUCCAUCUCCUCCCCAACAGUAAAUUAUUUGUGUUUGCUAAUAAUAAAGCGGUUUUAUUUGAUCACGAGACUAAUAAAGUUGUGAAAGGAUUCCCACCGUUGGAUGGGGGCCCAAGGAAUUACCCAUCCGCUGGAUCAUCAGUUAUGUUGGCAUUGGAGGGUGACUAUUCGACGGCUGUGAUUGUUAUUUGUGGGGGCGCCCAGUAUGGCGCUUUCAUUGAGAGGAGCACCGACACCCCGGCGCACGGUAGUUGUGGGCGUAUUGUAGCUACAUCACCCGACCCGAUUUGGGAAAUGGAGGACAUGCCAUUCGGGCGGAUCAUGGGUGAUAUGGUAAUGUUACCCACCGGUGAUGCUCUAGUCAUUAACGGAGCUCAAGCUGGGACCCAAGGGUUUGAGAUGGCAUCGAACCCGUGUUUGUAUCCACUUUUAUACAGACCGGGCCAACCCGUUGGGUUACGGUUCAUGACAUUGAAUCCGGGAACUGUACCCAGACUGUACCAUUCAACAGCUAACCUUUUACCAGAUGGGCGUGUGUUGGUAGCAGGGAGUAACCCGCAUUUUUUCUACAAAUUCGAAGCUGAAUUCCCGACUGAAUUACGGAUUGAGGCGUUUUCACCCGAAUAUUUGUCACCGGAUCGGGCUAACCUUCGACCCGUAAUAGAGGAAAUACCCGAUACAGUGCGUUUUGGGGAGGCUUUUGAUGUGUUUGUGUCCGUUACGUUGCCUGUGGUGGGGCUUAUAGAAGUAAAUUUUGCAAGUGCACCCUUUGCAACACAUUCCUUUUCACAAGGACAAAGAUUGGUUAAAUUGACGAUUACACCCUCAGUUCCGGACAGCGGCAAUCGGUACAAGAUUGGGUGCAAUGCGCCCCCUAAUGGGGCGGUGGCUCCGCCAGGUUAUUACAUGGUUUUCGCAGUCAAUCAGGGUGUGCCAAGUGUUGCACGGUGGGUGCAUUUGGUGGCUUAAUUGGCCGUGUGUUUUUAUUUUUAAUCUUUGCUUAUUUUAAUUUAUUUCUGGGCCAAUUAGAAUGCUGUGAUUGUAGUUGAUACACUGAAAAGAGGGUAUACCGUGAAGAAAUUCCAAGAAAGAACAGGGGAGGUGUAAUUAUUGUUGGUUGCUAGUGUAUUAUGCAAAAACCGUCGACACUUCAAUAAACGAAGCUUCCUUGUGGGACCCCUUCAAUUUGUAUUA